CAACCUGUCAGUUCGCUACCUAUCGGCAACCAGAGCGCACGUGGCCGCUCUUUUUUUUCUUUUUUUCGUCACAUGUUUCGCUGAUAAUGCUGUACCUCACGCUUCUCCUCCUGGGCGGCGUCUCCGCCAGCAUCGUGAAGCCCAGCACCACCAGCGCCGGGAACUUCGAGCUGCUCAUCCUCCACAACAACGACAUGCACGCCCGCUUCGAGCAGACCUCGCAGCUGUCUGGAGCGUGCGCCCCCGCUGACAGGGACGCGGGGAAGUGCUACGGCGGGUUCCCGAGGGUGGCGCAUGUGGUAAAGGAGGCCCGCAAAGCCGCCGCCUCUGGUGAGGGUCCGCCAGUCCUCUACCUCAACGCCGGAGACACGUACACCGGGACCGCCUGGUUCACCAUAUACAAGUGGAAGGUGGCAGCAGAGUUCCUUAACGCACUCCAGCCUGAUGCUGUCUCUCUGGGUAACAACGACUUUGAAGGCACGAAGCUGGCGCCGUUCUUAGAUAACCUAAAUGCACCCAUUUUGACUAGCAACAUAAAGGUCCAGUCAGAUACUGCACAAAAAAUUAAGAGAUCCGUCAUCAUGGACAUCGAUAGCACAAAAGUUGGUAUAAUUGGUUACCUCACACUAGAUUUCAACGUUCUGGAUAAAGCUGGAAGCAUCGAAUAUAACGAUGAAGUAAUCAUUCUCAAAGAAGAGGUUGAAAGGCUGCAAUCUGAAGGUGUAAACAUUAUUAUAGCUUUGGGACAUUCUGAUACUAGCAAAAAUGUUGAAAUCGCUAAGGAAGUUGAAGGUUUAGAUUUGAUCAUUAGCGGUCGCAAAAACGCAUUCUUUUGGAACGGUACCAAUGCUGAAAAUGAUGCUGAUUAUGAGCCACUGAAAAUCGUAAAGCAGAAAUCAGGAAAAGAAGUACCCAUAGUAGAGUCUUACGCUUACAACAAAUACCUCGGUAAAGUAAUUGCUAAAUUCGACAGUGAGGGCGAAAUAGCCGAAAUAAAAUCUGAUCCUAUUUUACUUGAUGUUACAAUUCCACAAGAUGCAGCAGCAUCGCAGAUUUUGCAAGAAUAUAACGAUGAAAUAGAUUCAACUGAAGUUGUUGGUAACACUGCCGUGGUGUUGGACGGUGAAACUUGUAAAACUGAAGAGUGUAAUUUUGGCAAUUUAGUUCUAGAUUCCAUUAUACAAUAUUAUUCAGUAAGAUUUACAGGCGAACGAUGGACUGAUGCAGCAAUAGCGAUCAUGCACGGGGGUGCUCUUGCAACAAGAAUAGCGCCUCCCAAUCGACCAGCCGCAGUUACUAGAAACGAUUUGUUAUCCGCUCUGCCAGAAACUGACAAUCUCGUUACAGUUACUAUCACUGGUCAAGAGCUACUACAACUUCUCGAGCAUUCGGUUGCAGAUUUUAAUUUAAAUAACCCUUCAGGGCAAUUCUUACAAUAUUCAGGAAUUAGAGUCACUUAUGAUUUAUCAAAGGAUCCAGGAUCUCGCGCCGUAAGCGUAGUAGCUCGCUGCUGGAGUUGCUUUGUUCCCGAAUACUACACAAUCGAUAGUUGGAGGGACUACAAGAUAAUAAUGCCACUCUCCUUAGCCAAUGGUGGAUAUGGUUAUUCUAUGCUCGUCGACAAACCUAGGGAGACGCUGGCGUAUGACGCUUUUACUUGCACGUCAGAAUAUAUGGGUCUCAGGAGCCCAGUUUACCCGGACGUAGCUGGUCGGAUAUCUUUGGGCAAUCACGAAUUCGACAACGGUGUUUCUGGACUUACCCCGUUUAUCAGAAAUCUAUCUUGCCCUGUGCUUGCCGCUAACCUCAUCCUUACAAAGGAGCCUGACCUAGAAUUUGAAGCCAAUCUUAUGAAAUCCGUAGUUUUCAACGUCAAUGGCAUAAAAGUAGCUGUGAUCGGUUACCUCACGCCAGAUACCAAAUUUCUUGCCGUCAGAAACAACGUAGAAUAUAUUGACGAAGUAUCAGCAAUCAGAGAAGAAAUGGAAAAGCUAAAAGAUACUGGGAUUAAGAUCUUUAUAGCACUGGGUCAUUCUGGAUUCUUAAAGGACCUGGAAAUAGCUAGAGAGGUGGAAGGGAUCGAUCUUGUAAUUGGAGGUCAUACCAAUACUUUCCUAUGGAAUGGCAGUGUCCCUGACUCUGAAACUCCGCAAGGUCCUUAUCCCACUUACGUCAAGCAAGCAUCCGGUAGAAGGGUACCGGCUGUGCAAGCUUACGCCUAUACAAAAUACUUGGGCAAACUGCACAUUCUGUUCGAUUCUAAUGGGGAGAUUAUGGAAUUAGAUGGAAAUCCAAUUCUUUUAGAUAACUCUAUUCCGCAAGAUCCCGAAGUCUUAACUAUCAUAGAGAAAUAUCGAUCCGGUAUAGACGCGAUAUCUGAAGAAAUCGUCGGGAGCUCCUCAGUCAUAUUAGAUGGUAGCAAAUGUCGUUUGAAGGAAUGUAACUUAGGAAAUUUGAUUUCAGAUGCAAUCGUUCAUAAAUAUGCAUCUUCAUACGAGGGUAAAGGUUGGACCGAUGCACCAAUAGCGAUCAUUCAGGGCGGCGCAAUUAGAGCAUCGAUAGCUCACUCCAACGACCGGUUCAAUAUCACCAAAGGCGAUCUAUUCACUGUUAUGCCAUUUGACGAAUAUGUCGUCCGAACGAUGGUCAAUGGUUCAACAAUCUGGAAAAUGUUCGAACACGCUGUAGAAGAAUAUAACCUAAUAAGAGCGCCUGGACAGUUUCUGCAAAUAUCUGGAAUGAAAGUUAUUUACGACUUUAAGAGGAGACCGGGUCAGAGAGUUGUGAAAGUUGAAAUACUAUGUUCAGACUGUCAAGUUCCGACCUACAUGCCCUUAAAUAAAACGGAAAAUUAUAACAUACUGAUGAACUCAUUUUUAUCGCUCGGAGGAGAUGGUUUUGUCUCACUCGGAAAUCAUGAGUUCGAUAACGGAGUCAGUGGGCUUACACCAUUCAUUAGGAAUCUCACGUGUCCAGUUCUAGCAGCUAAUUUAGAUUUAUCUAAAGUCCCAGAACUAGCUAAUGAAACCAACUUGAUGAAUUCGUUUGUAUUUAAUAUAUCAAACAAGACUAUCGGGGUGAUAGGGUAUCUAACACCUGAAACUAAACACUUAAACACCAAGAAUGAUGUUGAAUAUAUAGAGGAAAUAGAAGCUCUAAAAAAGGAAGUUGCUAAGAUGAGAAAAGACGGUAUCGAUAUAGUUAUAGCGUUAGGUCACUCCGGAUAUACGAAAGAUUUGGAAAUAGCCGAGAAAGUAGAAGGGUUAGACUUGGUUAUUGGCGGUCAUACAAACACGUUUCUAUGGAACGGUGAAGUUCCUGACUCAGAGCCGGCGUUAGGGCCUUAUCCUACUUACGUAACCCAACCGUUGGGGAAUAAGAUUCCUGUAGUGCAAGCUUACGCAUAUACUAAGUACAUGGGUAAGUUACUCAUGGUAUUCGAUAAAAAGGGUAAAUUAAUACGGAUUGACGGUGAGCCUAUUCUCCUAGAUAAAAACGUUCCCGAGGAUAAAGAAGUGCUAAAAUUAGUUAAGCGUUACCAAGAAAAAAUUUCAAAUAUAACAGGAGAAGUAGUAGGGAACACGUCAAUCGUUCUGGAGGGCCUUAGUUGUCAACAUGAAGAAUGCAAUUUAGGCAAUUUAAUAACCGAUGCUAUAGUGUAUCGUUAUUCCAAAGAGUACCAAGGUGACCAAUGGACGGAUGCACCAAUAGCUAUGCUUCAAGGAGGAGGAAUAAGAGCAUCUAUAGCUCAUGCAACGAUGCCGACUAAUAUCACAAAAGCUGAUCUCAUGACUGUAAUGCCCUUUGAAGGGGCACUAGUUGUCAUGACGAUUAAAGGUAUCGUUAUUUUACAAAUGCUAGAACAUUCUAGUUUGGGAAAUCAUGAACUGGACGAAAAAGUAGAGGGUCUUACACCAUUCAUAAGAAACCUCACAAGUCCGGUUGUCGCUGCCAAUCUCAUAUUAGACAACGUACCAGAGCUACAAAACGAGCCCAAUCUAUAUAAAUCCGUAGUUUUACACGUGAACGGUAAGAAUAUAGGUAUCAUUGGUUAUCUGACCCCAGACACAAGGUUCCUAGCGCCGAAAAAUAACAUAGAGUAUGAAGACGAAGUGACGGCUAUCGCCAAAGAAGUACAAAAGCUCAAGGAGCAAGGAGUCGAUAUAUUAAUAGCUCUAGGACAUUCUGGUUUCAUAAAAGACCUAGAAAUAGCCAAAGACGUUGAAGAUAUAGACAUAGUAAUAGGUGGCCAUUCAAACACUUUUUUAUGGAACAGUCAAACGACAAAUGAAAAGCCGGAGUAUCCUCAAGGGCUUUACCCGACUAUAGUUACCCAAAAAUCUGGUAGAAACGUUCUUGUUGUGCAAGCUUAUGCAUACACAAAAUAUAUGGGAUCUUUACGUCUUACGUUUGAUGACAACGGUGAAAUAAUACAUUUUUCUGGAGAUCCAAUUUUGCUGAAUCAUGAAAUACCAGAGGAUCCAAAUAUUCUCGAAAUGAUUGACGUAUACCGAAGUGACGUCGAUCGCAUCAAUAACGAAGUGGUUGGAAGUUCCAAUGUAUUUCUGGAUGGAGAUCAAUGUCGACUUAGAGAAUGCAAUAUAGGGGAUAUGAUAAGCGAUGCAGUAUUACUGUACACGAAGGAACACUAUAAGGAGGACAAAAACGUCACAAUAGCGGUGAUCCAAGGUGGAAGAAUAAGAAGCUCUUUAGAUAACGAUCAGAAACCGUUCAAGCUCACAAGAGGGGAUUGGAUAACUGUAGUACCAUUCACGGACAAUCUCUGCGUGAUGACUUUGACUGGUACAGUGUUGAAACAAGCUCUAGAACAUUCUGUAGAAGCUUGGCGAACUAUAGACACGCCGGGACAAUUUCUACAGAUGUCCGGAAUGAAGAUAGUCUACGAUCUAGCUAAGCCGCCUGGCUCCCGUGUUGUAGAAGCUAAAGCCACAUGUGCAAAGUGUACACAAUUGGAAGAUAUCAGAGAUGAUCAUGAAUAUAAUCUGAUAACAUCAGGUUUCAUAGCUGACGGGGGUGAUGGCUUCUCUAUGUUUGAAGCUAUACCUAAAGAGAUAAUGGCAUUUAACGAAAUGUCGGCCAUUUUAGAUUACACACGUAAGUAUAGCCCUGUAGAACCCAUAGUUUCGAACCGCAUAACAGUAUUAAAUGAGGACCACGCACAAAACAUUCCAAUAAUCAACAAAUACUCUAGCUCUCUAGCCACGUCGAGCAAAAUAAGUCUAGUGUUAUCAAAAUUAGUUAUAUUAUUUACAUUGUUAACUAGAUAACAAUUAGCAAAACAAUAAUUGUAAAGCUUGUUAUACAUUACUGUACAAAUAAAAAACAAUAAGUAGUUUUAACGAAUUAACGUAAAUAGAAGUAUCUAAUGCCAUGCGAUCAAAAUAAAAAGAAUAUUUAACUAAUUUACUUACAAACAAUAACCUCGUGAUAAAUUAGUUGAGUACUUAUUUGAAAAGUGUGAAUGCGUAAUAUGUGUCCCAACACCGGUGUCCGAUCCUUUAAUGUUAUGAAAUAUUGCAUUUUUAUCGACGAAAAGGCUGUUAUUUUUUUCCUCUCUUUCACGAUUACAAAAUAGCAGCCAUAUUUCGUCGAUAAAAAUGCAAUUUUUCAUAAUACUAGGACACUGAUGUUGGGAGUUUUACACAUUGUAUAUUAGAACAAAUUAAGUACCUACUUGAUAAAUGGCUUUAAAUAUCUAUGUCAUGUAACAAUUUGUUGAAACUGGUGUAGUACGCAUAAAAGAUGUUUGUAAGUCACAUUAUAUU